AUGACAGUGGUCUUUCCAACUGAAAACGAUAAAGAUAAUUUAAUUGCUUACAUCUUUAAGUUUCAUUCUAUAUGCGACGAUAAUAAAGGGGCCGAAAGCAGAAAUAUUAGUGAUAAUUUUUUCAAAUCUGAUCACAUUAUCGAUGUUGAAUGCGCGUGCAAUUCUGUCCUUUCGAAUCUGAGAAAACUCAGCGAAUUUUUUACACCAGGCAGACCUCUUGGACCACGGGAAAUUCACGAUACGUUUGACGUUGGGAAUGUUGAGUCCUUUUCAUCAUUUUCACUUGGCGAUGCCUUUUCUCGGCAAAGCCCAUCUGUCUUUUUAAAUCCAUAUAAGGCGAUAUUCGAAAGCAUGAGGACUGAAGUUGUAGCCUCGAGAGAUACCCUGAGGCGAGUCAACUCCGAGAAUGCGUUUAUUUGGACCACCAAUAUGUCAAUCCUUCAACAAUGGCCCCGAAGUGGGUUUUCCCACACCCCAUCCACCCUCAAAACGCCGCCCCUCCACGAGCCUGUCGAGGACGCAAGGCGAUUAGAAGGGAGCCCUCAUGAAGGUCACCCCUAUCCAACUUCCAACUUCUCCCGAACGGACGGCCCCGCGGUCGAUUCAGCGGCCCAUCGAAGUUUGAGCGAUUUGUUUUUACUUUCUUUGAAUGCCUCCCAACUCCCGUCCGAGAGGGUUAAAAACAGCUAUGCGAGGUUCAUUCAGGUGUGCGGGGUUGUAGUUGGUUGGCUAAACAGCAUGCACGAGAUCCUUCACGGCCUUGGCGACGUCCCCAUGCCGGGAAAGUUUAACAUCGAGGAUAGUCCAUCGCCUGCCCCGGAGCCUUCCGAUGGAAAUCUCCUGGCUAAUUUGAAUGGCCCCCUUCCAACGCAUCGCACGCGGACGAUUACCGUUCGGUGUUUUGAAAUUCACGACACCUACCAAAUUUACGCCCUUCUUGUUGAGCAGGCGGGGUACUUUUUCCAACCUGCUUGCACCCAAUACGAUCCUCGCAUUCAGCGCCGUUUACUCCAAUCCUCCUAUUUUCAUUCCGUUCGCGAUUUAAUUGACGAGAUUACCCUCGAGAUUCGUCGAUUAUCGCGGAUUUCACAGCAAAAACCUUUUAAUAUUCCCUCCCAUCCCACAAUCCUCCCCUACGAUCUUUAUGCCCAUCCCCCAGAAUCCCACGAUUCCGCCUCAGAUGACCCCAUUCGAAUUUUUAUCCGCCCUUCGUUGAGCCAUUUUUACUUUUUACGGUCUUCUUUGCAGUUUUAUUUAAGUUUUGCCCUCAAUGAAGACGAUUACACCUCGGCGGUGUAUUUUCGCCAUUUAUUUCAAAAAGAAUUGGCCGAGGCGAAGGCGGUUGUCCAUUCUUUUCGGUGCGUUUUACAACCUUCUCAGGGUGAAGAAAAAGGGGGCGGCGAUACUAUAGCAUGUCGUUUAUUGCCAUCGUCCGAGGCUUUCGAUUCGUCCUCGUCGGGGAAAGUUUCGCGAGAGUUGGCGAACUCGCGCGGCGAAUCGUCUUUGUUGGAUGCCGACUUCGAGGCCUACCGGGGAGUUCGCGCGAGAAUUUCCGCCCUACGCCGCGGGAUCGAGAGAGAUAUUCAUUCGAAAGAUAUCACCCACCGCACGCGGGUGUUGAGUGCGUCCGUACGGGAGGAAAAAGGCCCGGCCUUUCGUGAGGCCGAAGAAGAACUAAAGAAUUUGGAGGGGACUAAUCGGGAGGAUCGGCCGACAUCUUUUUGGACCGCAACUAAAUAUUCUUUUGAGGCGCUUUCUCGUCUUAUCACCUGCAAGGGCGAGGUGGAGUUCGAUUUGUAUAAUCAGCUGGUUGGAAAGGUCGAUGGGGAGGGGAUUCCCAUGACCACAACUUCCCCCUGUCAUGAUGAAAAGACCGAAUUGUUAAAAAAUAUCACUCAACUUUGGGAAGUGAUUGAAAUACAGGGUAGACAACUAGAAAAAAAGUAUCCAAAUUUAUUUUUUAGGGGAAAUCACUCAAGGUGGUUUAAAAGCCUCAAAGAGUUCGCGAAAACGGCGGAAGCUGUAAGUACCGUGUUCGAAGCCUAA